AUGAGUUCACUUGAUACGGAGAUGUGGAUUUGGUAUGCCCUGACGCUCGUCGUGGUCAUCUUUAGAAUGACUUCGCGUCGCAUGUUGUUGGGGUCAUUCAAAGGGUUGUUGGCAGAUGACUACCUCAUGGCUCUGACGAUGAUCACCUAUACCGCCCUCCUGGCAGUCGUCAGCGUCCUCGGCCACACACCAACCAAUCUUAUCGACCCAGCUCUCAACAUAAAGCUCACACCCGAGGACAUUAAACUACGCGAAUACGGAUCGAAAUUGGUUCUCGUCACCGAACACAUGCAGAUGAUUACCCUUUGGGGAGUGAAAGGAUGUUUGCUGGCUAUGUACAGUCGCCUUACGCUGAGUUUAAAACAAAAUUUCUUAGUUAAGCUCGUGGCUGGUUAUGUCAUUGUUGGAUUUGUGGUGAUGCAAAUCUUGUGGUUCGCUGCUUGGUGUCGACCUUUCAACCAUUACUGGCAGGUUCCUCCAGAUGACUUGAACUGCUCCGCUGAAACAAAUCAUAUGAUUACAAACGCUGUUAUCAACAUUUCCUCCGAUAUCAUGAUUAUCAUCCUCCCUAUGCCAGUCUUUUUACAAUCCCAACUGCCACUCAAGCGAAAGCUCAUUCUUUGCGGUGUUUUCGCAUUGGGUAUCUUUACUAUCCUUGCAGCCACCAUGUCCAAGAUCUACAGUCUCGGCGACCCCUAUGGUAUAGACUGGUCAUACUGGUACAUCCGCGAAGUUUCGACCGCCGUCAUCGCAGCCAACCUCCCUCUCACCUGGACCCUCCUCCAACGUGUCUUCCGUCUCGGCUCCUUCAGCGCACGCUACGGUUACGGAAAAUCAUCCAACCAGCGCACUGGCGAAGGAGGCACGUCUCGUUUCCGAUCUACGUAUGGAAAUCUCAGCAGCAUGGACCGAAGACCUAAGCGACCCCCGUACGUCGAACCUGGUAUGAGUUUGAACGACAGCCAAGAAGAGAUCAAUGCGAAGGAUAUUCCAUUGAAGAUUUACCAGAAGAAUGAGGUUACGGUUAACAUCACGACUGAGGAGGUCAAGCCUAAAGACGAUCAGAGGACGUCUUCACCGCCUGGACGUCCGGACUUUCUAAGAGAGGCUGUUUCGCAUAGUAGCUUGGAAGGAGACAAGUCAACGAAUGACAUGGAGCUUGGAGUUGUUACAAAGGUCUAUCAUGGAGUUUAA